UCAAAUAAAGAUUUUACAAUUCCAUUCCUUCUUUUUAGAACUCGCAAUUCCAUUUCUUUGGUAUUUCUUGUACAUAUCAAGCAUUUGAAUUAUCUAAGAUUUGUCAUUCCUUUCUCAUCUUGAUUCCAUUCAUACUUUCAUUUCAUUGCACCCUCAUUCCAUUCCAUCGUACCAAUCACCUCCUAAGUAACAUACACAUAGUCCAAACACACACAUAUAAAAUGACGCGACGAUGAGUUCGCUUACGGUGGACUGAGAACACACACAUAGUCCAAACACUAAGCAACAGCAAAGUAAAAUGAGGCGAUGAUGAGUUGGGGAACAUGGCUUCUCUUAAUCCUCACAAACCUUCACGCCCUGGCAAGAGCGCAGCAGUACGGCUGCUUCGGCGGCAACUACACUUCAAACUCCACAUACGCCGCCAACCUCAACUCCCUCCUCUCAUCCCUCCCACCAAACAUCGACGACGCCGGAUUCUACAACGCCUCCUCCCAAGCUCCGGCCACCGAUCCAGCCUACGCCUCCGCCCUCUGCAGAACCGACUCCCAGCUCAACUCAUGCCGCGCCUGCGUCCGAAACGCCACGACGCAGCUCCUAACCCUGUGCUCCAACCGGAGGCAGGGAGUCCUGUUCAGAGAAGCCUGCACUUUGCGAUACUCCGACAACCCCAUGUACGGCCUCCUCUUCGACGACUACUCCAUCACGGGGAGAUCGACCGCGAAUUUGUCGAGCUCCGGCCAGUUCGGAGCCAGCGUGAGGGCGCUGUUGGGCGAUCUGAGCAAGCAGGCGGCUGCGGGCGGCUUGAUGGUGAAGGUCGCGGCAGGGAAUUCGAGUGCUUCGGCUUCGGACGGCACCGUUUUCGCGUUGGUGCAGUGCACGCCGGAUCUGUCGUCGAGGGACUGCUCCAACUGCUUGGCGGGGCUCGUACAGCGUGUCCCGGGGUGUUGUAAUGGUUCGACUUUUGUGAUAAUGUUUGUGCCCAGCUGCACUCUAAGAUUCCAGCUUCAACCCUUUUAUAAUCUAACUAGAAUUCAACAAGUUCAAGCCAUGGUUUAUGUGUCUCCUCCACCUGCUCCUGGGCCUCCAGUCGUGCCAUCGACACCUUCUCCACCACCAGGAAAGGGUGAUGAUAAUAAAACUAGAACUAUCAUCUUCAUUUUGGUUCCAUCGACGAUUUUUUUUGUUGUUCUACUCGGUUUUUUACUUUGGAUUUGCUUCAAAAAGGGAUUGGAGAAGAAUUUGCAGGAAACCAUUAAAAACGAUGAUGAGGAUAUAAGCACUGUAGAAUCCCUUGUAUACGAUUUUACAAAAGUAAAAGCUGCCACGAACGAUUUCUCCAAUAGCAACAAGCUGGGAGAAGGUGGAUUUGGUGUUGUUUAUAAGGGAAAACUUGAAGAUGGUAGAGAAAUUGCAGUAAAAAGGUUGUCUGAGAACUCAGUGCAAGGAGAUCGAGAAUUCAAGAACGAAGUGCUGUUAAUGGCCAAACUUCAACACCGAAAUCUGGUUCGAUUGUUGGGAUUCUCACUGCAUGGAACAGAGAGGCUUCUCAUAUAUGAAUUUGUUGCAAACGGAAGUCUAGACCGCUUCAUAUUUGAUCCGAUCAAGCACGUGGUUGUCGAUUGGCAUAUGCGCUACAAAAUCAUCAGGAACAUCGCAAAGGGACUUGUUUAUCUACACAACGACUCUGGCUUCCGUAUCAUUCAUCGCGAUCUCAAGGCUGGGAACAUACUGUUAGACGCAGAGAUGAAUCCAAAGAUAGCUGAUUUUGGUAUGGCCAGGUUGUUUUUGCAAGAUGAAAGUGGAACUAAUACGAGGAGAAUUGUUGGAACCUUUGGAUACAUGGCCCCGGAAUAUGCAAGGCAUGGACAAAUCUCUGUUAAGUUAGAUGUCUUCAGCUUCGGCGUGCUAAUGCUUGAGAUCGUCAGUGGCCAGAGAAAUGGUUCUUUUCGAAAUGCAGACAACGAAGAGAAUGUGGAAUAUAUGCUGAGUUUCGCAUGGGCAAAAUGGCAGGAGGGAGCGGCAAAGAAAAUUAUUGAUCCGGUGUUGAUGUCUGGUGGUUCAGGUAGUGUGCGUGAUAUGUUAAGAUGCAUUCACAUAGGUUUGUUGUGCGUGCAAGAAAAUGGCGAGGAGAGACCGACAAUGGCGUCGGUUGUAGUAAUGCUCAGCAGCGUCACGGUGACAUUGCCAAUGCCUUGCAAACCUGCAUAUUUCAUGCGUAGUAGUUUAGGUGCCGGCGUUUCAAAAGAGAUGGACUUUAGAAAAUCAUGUGGGAGUCAAAAUGAUGCCUCAAUAACGGAAUUAUAUCCACGAUAAUAUCCAAUAAUAUGGAUUUUUGCCUUUAGAUGUUGACAUGUGUAAACUAGUUAUAUUUCUUGUCUUUUUUGCUUGUUUUAGGACUUCUUUUCUAAUAUUUUCUCUAGUUAGUUCAUUGUAGUAUUGCAUUUGUUUAAAGAAAAAGAUAUAAACAAUAUACAUGGGUUACAUAAUUUUGAAUUGUUAGCUAAA